CAGUUUAUUAAACUACAACAUCUAACAUCUCAUGUUAAAAUAAAAUAAUAGCUGUACAGAAGAUUUUACAGAACAGCUAUGGAAUCAUCCAAUGACCCAAAGAGAACAAUAAUGCUACAAGGCCAUUCAUUUGAAGGGAGUAUAAAUUGUGACAAUUCCACACAUAAUACAGACCCUAGCCAACCCCAGAUGUUGGAAAAUGGGGAAACUCCUUCUAGGUCCGAACCACAAGUUAUAGUGGUGUCAAGCUCUAACCAGAGUACCUCAUUUAGUAUUCCUUUCAGUCAGCUAAGAACUAUAGACGGACAGUCAAUAGACAUUAGUCAGCUGUCCAUUAUCAACAGUCAGCCAUUACAGCUUAGUUCUAUGGUGGGGGGAAGUUGUGGUACACUGGGUGGUAUCUCCAUCAUGGGAACCUUAAUGGCUCCCCAGACUGGAGAAGAAAACCAGUUAAAUCUGGUUCAGUCAGUUGCCUUGGAUUCUAAUGUGUCUGCGCCAGGAGCAGAAGGAUGUCCGAUGAUAGACUCAGAUCAGAAUUAUUCUUUCACCCCCAUCCAGAAUGUAUUUAAUGUUAUGGGGAUUCCACAAGGAUCUGAGCAGAUAGAAAUCUAUCCCUCAAGUGUAAAUUGUGUUCAGAGUUUGUCGACAGAUUCAAAUGCUGGAACAGAAACAAACCAAGAAGUAAAAGGGGAGAGUGAUAAAAAGACCACAGCUGUGAAGGAAAGUCGAAAUGUUAUACAGAAUGUGCAGCUUUCUUGGCCUGAAUCAGUGAAGAGUAGUAAUAUUCAGCUGGUGAUCCCAGAAGACAUAGCCACCUUGAACUCGGAAUCCAAUAAAGACACGAUAGAAUUCCCUACUAGUCAUCAGAAGCUAGGUCUGACUGAAAAACAAAGCAAUCCCAAGUUUGUAAGCUUGCUGCCUUCAAAUAUCAAAUUGGCAAAGGAAAAUAAAACUACGAAAUUAGACCCACAGGCAGAAAACAUUGACGUGAAUGUUUCUGCUGCUGAUAGUAUUUCAGAGUCGGAGGAUUGGUCAUUAGACAAGGACAAACAGAGGAAACAACAGAUGUACUCCAUGUUUUUGGAACAGCUUUCAAGACAACAUUCAGCACUUUUAGAAAUGAUGGAAGUUUGUCAAAGUGCUCAUUCAGUAGGAUCCGGACAAGAACAAUUUGAGAAAUUUGCCAAAAUUUUCACAGAAAAACUGGAAGGCCUAAUUGAUUUUUUUAAUGUGAUAAAACCUCUGAUAGACAAUUAUUUUGGAAGUCUGUUUAUGGUUGAUCAGUCGAUACAGACUGAGACUAUACCAUCAGAAACAAACAAUCCCCAGUAUUCAAGUGUGUCUGGACGUAGAAUUCGACAGACAAAACGAAUUCAGGCAUAUCUGGAACCAGACAAUGAUCCCGUGUAUGAUCCAUCUGAGGAGAAAUCUCAGAAUCGCAAAAGGAGGAGAAAGACGAGUUUUCAGGAAGAAAACCAGCCCUCACCGAGUUCCCUACUGGAGAGUAGUCAGAGUAUGUCAACACCGGACACCACUCGGACAGAAUCAAAGUCACCAUUACUCAAUGACACACAGGGUAAUGUUUCAAAUUAUGGAGAUGAUAUACAGACACUUGCAGCUUCAGAAGAAAAAGGAAACAAUGUUUAUCUUGUUAACUGUGAACAUCAGUCUAGACUGGAUCCGACCUCAGAAUGGGUCAAAAGUUCAACAGGUUCAGCACAAAUAGCAGAUCAAGACCCAUCCAGAUAUACUGGUGGUUCACAGACAAAACGAGUCUUCAAAACAAAGAAACAAUAUGAAGCAGAGGCCCAGUUCAAAUUCUUCUGUCAAAAUUGUUCCUUCAAGUCAAAGCGUGCAAGUCACUUUCGUCGACACUUAAAGCUGCAUGAUAAAAUCAGUGACUUGUUUGCUUGUAAGCUGUGCAGUUUUAAAACAAUUCGUCAAAGCACCUUACGAAAACACGAAAUUAGUCAUAGCAUUGACUUGGUUAAAUGUAAACAAUGUCCUUAUGUAACCGACUCGGAAGCACUUCUAAGCCGUCAUGUUAAUUUCAAGCAUAGCAACAAGAAACGACAUUACAAAAAACAGAAAAACACUGAAUGUAUGUACACGUGUGCUGAUUGCGGGGAGACAAUAUCCACACUUUCUAAAUACAGUCAACAUCUGAAACUGCAUAACCCUGGUGCCAGUGCUGAAGAAUUCACUUUCCAGUGUGAUCAGUGCGAUUAUAAAACCAAGAGGAAGGAGCACUUUAAUAGACACAAGAUGAACCACUCCAGCUACAGGCCACACUUGUGUGACACAUGUGGAAUGGCCUUCAAGAGGAGCGACACACUCAGCCAGCACAAACAGGUCCACUUAGAGAAGGUGCAGCGCAAACUCAACUUUGUCUGCCAGAUCUGUAAUAAAGGAUUUAGGUCAAAGUGUCAUCUAGCGGAACACAUGGCCAUGCACUCCAACAGUAGACAGUAUCUGUGUGACAUUUGCGGGGCUUCGUUCAAAACCAAAUCCUGUCAGCUGAAGCACGUCAAGAACAUACACCAAAAUCCCAGGUCCUACCCCUGUACGUUAUGUGAGAAACGCUUCAAUACAAACUUCGCCCUGAAAAGGCACGAACGAACACACGAGAAUGAUUUGAAAGUGAUUCCAGCCUCAUCCAAUAUGUUGGUCACUCAGAACUUUUUAGCAGAUGUUUCAGCUCAAAGCAUAAAUCAAGCGGAACUGGUGCAGGCAACAGAUAUUAUCAUAGCUCCCUCUAUGGAGGAGAAUUACGAUCAGACGAAUGACAUGAAAUUACAACAAGUCCUCAGUGAUAAUGCCUCGGCCAUUAUGUUUCUCUCCAGUUCACUUCCCACUUCAUGGAACUAAAUAUUGUCUCAGUUCUAGAAAUCCAAAGGGUAGGGGGAAGGGGUUAAUGAUUUUUGUAUGUACUUUGCAUUUCUAUAGAUGUAUUGUUCUGCAUAACUUUAAAUUAUAAAUUAUUAUAUAACUGAAGUUUCAUUCCCAUGUAUAAUUGUAUAUUGUGGUCAGACUUCAAAGUGAACUGUGAUAAUUCUGUCUUAAAACUAUAGCUGUCCUGUUUAGCUGUCAGUAAAUCCCUCUGAAUCAUGUUUUACAAACUCCAUUGCAACAGCUAAAUUUGGACUAAUUAGCCCUCAUUGCUUCAAAACUGGGUUAAGACAAGCCACAAGUGAUGUACACAUUGAUUAAUAUAAAAAAUUACACUUUUAUAUGACAAGAUCUGUCUUCAAAGAGUGAGUCAGAAUUUAAUUGUUACACUGACAUCAUUCUUAUAGAGUGUUUAAUUCAUAUCUUGUGCUCUGUAAAACCAAGGAUUAUCUAACUUUGUUAGUAUCCAUAUUGAGGAAAAGAAAAUCACAAUAUGGAUCAGAGAUAGAUCACAUUGUUAAUGUUUUCCAUAUAGUGGAGACAGACAAUAAAAAGUCUCUCAGAAUCAUGAUAAAGUGGACCAUUUAGUUGAAUGAAGAUUGCAAGUCUCUGUUCAGACUGACUAAUUGUAAAGUCCUACCAUACUCCAGUUAAUAAUUCCUAAAAUACAUAGUUUACAAUAAACUUAAUGUACAGUUUUUCAUGGCAGAAUAAAGAGUGUUGUAAAGUUGUACAUACCUUCUUUAUAACAACUUUACAUGUCUCUGGUUUGCGAUAAUUUUAUCUAAAUCAAUGUUUGAAUCUUUACACUGUCCAUUUGAAGCAUAGUUUUUUUAAUAUCAAUUAAGAUUUAGACACAAUGUUCAUAAAAAGGUAGCUGCAACCAAUAUCUGAUUAUUUUUUAUUUAAAUAGCCAAGAAAAUUCAUUUAUAAAAAUAUCUGACAUAUCAAAGUAAUAUUGAGGCUUUUCACAAAGUUUUGUUACAAAGUGUUGUCAGUGUACAUUUCUGUAUUAAAUGAAGGAUAUUUUUGGGUGUUUAAGGCUAUUGUAUGGUGACACAAUAAUGAUUUGAUAUUUUUAUAGAAAAUAUAUAUGCACCUCAAUUUCAGAUAAAUCAGAAACUAUGAA